AUGCCUCCCAAGAAGCAAGCGACUGAGGAUAAGGCCCGGCUGGGACGGCCCGGCAACAAUCUGAAGAUUGGUGUUGUUGGUCUGCCGAAUGUGGGCAAAUCGACGUUCUUCAAUGCCAUCACCAGCUCGGCAGUCGCAGCUGAGAACUACCCGUUCUGCACGAUUGACCCCGAGGAGUCGCGUGUUGCAGUCCCGGACGAGCGGUUUGACUGGCUGUGCGAGCACUACAAGCCCUCGUCGAAGGUGCCUGCGUACCUGACGAUCAUCGACAUUGCAGGUCUGGUGAAGGGCGCGUCGGAGGGAGCUGGCCUGGGCAAUGCGUUCCUGUCGCACGUGCGUGCGGUGGACGGUAUCUUCCACGUUGUGCGUGCGUUCAACGACCCCGACGUCGUGCACGUCGAGGGCGAGGUUGAUCCGGGACGUGAUCUGGAUAUCAUCCACAGCGAGCUGCGCAUGAAGGACAUUGCGUUCCUGAGCAAGACGAUUGACGAGCAGGCGAAGAACAUUGCGCGGCUGGGCAACGGCGGUAACGCGGACGACAAGAAGAAGAAGGAGGAGUUUGGGACGCUGGAGAAGGUGCUGGAGUUCCUGAAGUCGGGCAAGGACGUGCGCAAGGGCGACUGGACGAACAAGGAAAUCUACGUGAUCAACCAGCAGAUGCUGCUGACGGCGAAGCCGGUGAUCUACCUGGCGAAUGUGAGCGAGAAGGACUAUGUGCGGCGCAAGAACAAGUUCCUGCCCAAGAUCAAGGCGUGGAUUGACGAGAACAACCCUGGAGACAUGCUGAUUCCGUUCUCGGGUGUGUUCGAGACGACGCUGCAGGCCAUGGAGGGUGCGGACCGUGACGCGUACCUGGCCGAGACCAAGGGUGCGUCGGCGUUCCCCAAGAUCAUCACCACUGGCUACCACUCGCUGGACCUGCAGCACUUCUUCACCGCCGGCCAUGGCACUGAGGUGCGUGCGUGGACCUGCCGCAAGGGCGCCAAGAUGACUGAGGCUGCGCGCUCGAUCCAUAACGAGAUCGCCGAUUCGCUGAUCCAGGUCGACGUGAUGAAGUUUGACGAGCUCAAGGCUGCCGGCUCCGAGCCCGACCUCAAGGCGCAGGGCAAGCUGUACAUCCGCGGCAAGGACGCUGUGUGCGAGGACGGUGAUGUCGUGUACUUCCGCUCGGGCAUGGGCAGGGCCAAGAAGUAAAUCUGGAUAGAGAAUAAAUCUAGCCCCUCGCAGCAAGUGGGAGGGCGAGUUUGUUUACUCCAAAAAAAAU